UGAUGCUAUGAUAUGGCCUUCACUCCAUGGGUCAGGUCACUGGAGAGAAUAUGGAAAGGGACAGCAGCUGGGAAGCUAAAAAGAAGAUGAAGAUUGUGAUCUCAGACAGAGAAAGGCUCUUGGGACUGUGGAAGGCUUCUGAUGGGAUGCUCUAGGGAAGAGCAAAGGUGAGGAAAUGGAGAGGAGUUUAACGUCACUCUUCAUCCUGCAUGAGAAGAGGUCCCAACACCAGGGGCUGGGACAGGCUGUGGUGACAGUCUGGGUAGAUCAGGGUGGCAGCACCCAGAGGAGCAGUGCCAGGUGAGACAGGGGUCCCUGGCAUUGUCCCCAGACCCCACCUGGAGAGAGGUAAUGAGAGUUUGAGAAGCAGAAGGGAAAGGAGGUAAAGCAGAAGUGUUGUGGUCCCUAUGGGCACUGCUCCCCAGCCAGGGGCUGGGUGGGACAUUUGGAGACUCUGGACUCCUCUGGUGCCAGAUGCAGUAACUCAAGCUCUCCCCACUCGUGGGCAGCUCAACUGCUUUGCUUUGUACUCAGACAGAGCAGUAGCACUUGAACCUGAUCAUUGGUAAAGCACUCCUGGCACACCACAUGCUGUUGAGAACACCAAAAUGUCAGAGACUUUUCCUUCUCUUGGGUUUUGAGAUUUGAUCAGCUCAGCUGUGACCCCCUUCCCUUGGUCCUGUGCUUAUUUCCAACAUCCAGUCUUGGUUUCAUUUUUUUCAGUGGGUGUCCACAGCCUGGUCUUAAAGGCAGAAGUCACAGAAUGGGAUUCUCUGAACCUUUUCAUUACAAAAUCUGGGCUCCAUGCAGGCUAGUGAAAUUUGCCUCAUGCCAAAACCCAUCCCCCUAAUAUCCAAUGGGGUUCCAACAUACCUUCCACCUUAAAACCUUCUGUUCAUCCAGGGAUGAGUUCACUCCGGAGCAGGGCCAAGGCAAACACUCACAGCCAAUGAGGACAGAGGCUGUCAGCUCUGUAUCUGCCCAUCGGCUGCUGGGUGGGGAUAAAAUGCACAUUCCUGUCCCAGCCUGUCUCCAGUGCCAGCUCCCGGACAGCCACGGAGCUCUCAUGGUGCUCUGGGUGAUUCUGCUCUGUGCCUUGGUGUCAUCACUGCUCGGUGGGCUCUAUGUCCUGGGUGUGUUUCGGAGACAGAGACCCAAUGAGCCACCUUUGGACAAAGGUACCGUUCCCUGGCUGGGCUAUCUGCUGGAAUUCCAAAAGGACGGCUCAGAGUUUCUCAAAAGGAUGCAGAGGAAACACGGGGAUGUUUUCACGGUGCUGAUCGGUGGCCGUUACUUCACCUUUGUGAUGGAUCCCUUCUGCUUUGGCACCAUCGUGAAGGAGUCACGAUCUAAACUGGACUUUAGGACUAAUGCAACUGAGCUGGUCCUGCGGGUUUUUGGCUACAAGCCCAUCGAAGCCACUCACAGCAUCGUUCAUGCAUCAAGCACAAAGCACCUGAUGGGAGAUGGCCUCACUGUCCUCACACAAGCCACCAUGGAGAGCUUUCAGAAGCUGCUGCUUUUCAACCUGAGCUCAGGGGAGAAGAGAGUGUGGCAGGAGGAAAACCUCUUCCACUACUGCUACAACAUUGUCUUCAGGGCUGGGUAUCUGGCUCUGUAUGGCACCGAGGCACCCCGAGGGGCAGGGAACAAGGAGAAGGCUGAAGAGCAGGAUCGCCUCCACUCCAACCAGCUGUUCCGGGAGUUUCGGAAGUACGACCGCCUCUUCCCUCGCCUGGCCUUUGGUCUGUUGCCUCCCAAGGACAAAAGAGAGGCUGAGAGGCUGAAGAGACAUUUCUGGAAUAUGCUGUCUGUGAAGAAGGUCUGGCAGAAGGACAAUAUCAGUGGCUGGAUAAGUGAUCAAGACAAACUUCUGGCAGAAAACAGCGUCCCCGAGUACAUGCGGGAUCGUUUCAUGUUCAUGCUCCUCUGGGCAUCCCAAGGCAACACGGGCCCAACUGCCUUCUGGCUCAUCUUGUAUCUGCUGAAGCAUCCAGAGGCUCUGCAGGCUGUGAGAGAUGAGGUGGAUAAAGUCUGCAGGGAGAGUGGGCAGGAAGUAAAGGCAGGGAGCCCCCCAGUUACUGUCACUAGGGACAUGCUGAACCAGACUCCUUUGCUGGACAGUGCUCUGGAGGAAACCCUGAGGCUGGUGGCAGCCCCAAUGCUGGUCAGAGCUGUCCUUGAGGACACCUGCCUGAGGACAAGCAGUGGGACAGAGCUCACCCUCCGCAAGGGGGACAAGGUGGCUCUGUUCCCACACAUCUCUGUGCAGAUGAACCCAGAAAUCCACGAGGAGCCUCACAAAUUUAAGUACGACCGUUUCGUAAACCCAGACGGCACCAGGAAAGAUUUCUACAGAAACGGGAAGAAGCUGAAAUUUGUCAGCAUGCCUUGGGGGGCAGGAGUCUCCACCUGUCCCGGGCGGUUCUUUGCUACUGCUGAGAUGAAAUUGUUUGUGUUCUUGAUGCUGAGUCACUUUGACCUGGAGCUGGUCCAUGAGGAGGAGGAGAUCCCAGCCAUAGACAUCAGCCGCUGGGGAUUCGGGACGAUGCAGCCCGUCCGUGACGUUCGGUUCAGAUACCGGCCACGCUUUUAACCUGGGGGCUCCUGCUGGUGCUGUUUGUUCUGGUGUCACAGAUGGGACAAAUUAUCUGAUCUUGUGGUUGUCAGAUCCAUGCCAACACUGAUAUGAUCUUGUUUGCUCAAUGUUUAUCGUGGCUUUUGUGUUUACAUCCUCCUCAUGUGCUGCUGCUGUGUUGUUGGGUUGGUUAUGGGAUUGAAAUCUGCACAGAGAGAAAAAAUGUUCCCUGUCAGGCUACUCCCAGCCCCAUCCCAGGGGCCGUCAGCCCAUUGACAGGAGGAGCACAGGGUCAGAUUGGAAGGGUGGAACACAAAUUCAGGCCUUCCAAGGAACAAGGGUUUUGUCCAGGUUCUCCCAGGGCUGCCCCAGCAGAGAAUCAGCCCUACAGUGUCGUUGGAUACUGCUGGGAACCAGGGAAAAAGCAGCCUUGAAGCCUUGGGUUCCUCAGCCUGCUCAAGGACAAGAAAUUAUAACAAUGAUUAAACCCCUGUGAGAGAAAUGAUGUUUUGCAGAAAGCAUGUUUUCAAAGAGGUGUUGCCUUCUUGGACCAAUGAGUCUUUUCUAUUCUGUUUUGCAUGAACUAUCCUAUAAAAGUGUAGUGUUUCUUUAAAUAAAGCUCUCUCUUGCUUCUCCAUUACACAAAGAA